AACGCGUAAAUUGGUUUCCCUCAGCUCCCAUCAACGCAAGUCGGUGAUUUUAUACCACCAUUUCGCACGCUGGUUUCCUCCACCUUCACCUACAAGCUCAGCCACGGGCAGCCCGACAAGCCAGCAUAUCAUUGAAUCAAGAUGGCUAGCUUUUUUGACCUCAAGGCCAGAAAGGCAGCAGCGGCAGCCAACAGUAACGCUGACCAGAAGCAAGAUAAACCUCUAAAUGCUCGAACUCAACCCUGGGUCGAGAAAUACCGGCCAAAGACCCUCAGCGAUGUUACUGCUCAAGAUCAUACCGUUGAUGUGCUCCAACGGACACUGCAGUCCUCCAACCUCCCUCACAUGCUGUUUUACGGGCCUCCCGGGACAGGUAAAACUUCGACAGUUCUGGCACUCGCCAAGGAACUAUACGGCCCCGAUAUGAUAAAAUCGAGAGUCCUCGAGCUCAAUGCCUCCGACGAGCGUGGUAUCUCCAUCGUCCGAGAAAAGGUCAAGAACUUUGCGCGAAUGCAAUUGACCAACCCGGCCCCCGGCUACAAGGACAAAUACCCUUGCCCUCCUUUCAAGAUCAUUAUCCUCGACGAGGCCGACUCCAUGACACAAGACGCCCAAAGUGCACUGCGACGAACCAUGGAAACAUACAGCAAGAUUACUCGAUUCUGUCUCAUUUGCAACUAUGUGACUCGAAUUAUCGACCCGCUUGCCAGUCGAUGCAGCAAAUUUCGAUUCAAGAGUCUCGAUCAGAGCAAUGCAAAGAGGCGACUGGAGGAGAUUGCAGAGAAGGAGGGCGUAGCACUUGAGGAUGGUGCUGUUGAUGCACUCAUCAAGUGCAGCGAGGGUGAUCUUCGAAAAGCCAUUACCUUCUUGCAAAGUGCUGCUCGGCUCGUUAGCGCUAAUGCCCCUGACAAGGAGGCUGAGGGUGACGAGGUGAUGGAUGUGGACAAGAAGGCGGUCACAGUCAAGAUUGUUGAGGAUAUCGCUGGUGUCAUUCCGGACACGACCAUCGAUGAUCUCGUCAAAGCAAUACGUCCGAAGAGGUCAGGAUCCUCCUACCAGAUCAUUUCGGAUGUUGUUGAGAAGCUAGUUGCAGAUGGCUGGAGCGCAGGUCAAGUGGUCAACCAACUCUACCAAGCCUUGACCUAUGACGAGACGAUACCCGAUGCGCAGAAAAACAAGAUCGUGUUGGUUUUCUCAGAAGUUGACAAGCGACUAGUAGAUGGAGCAGAUGAGCAUCUCUCUAUUCUCGAUCUGUCAGUGAGGAUAUCAAAUAUUAUGUCGAAGAAGUGAGUUCUAGUGUGCUGCAUCAAGAGAUGAGGGACGGAGUCAUGGUUAGAAAUGGGUUGGCGUUUUAAACUGGCUCGAUAUCACCAGACAUCUAUUGUACUUGUCGUUGUUAUUCUAAUCCUGUGCUGUGUCUCCCUGACCAAUUAAUCCGAGGUUACCUUGCAGACUAGACCACGCAUCUCUCGGCUCUGUGAUUCUCUUCUCUGUAUGCCUUCUCGCCUUGCUUGGGGAUUUGGCACCUGCCUCAAGCCAAACGUCAUCCUCCGUUGUAUCGGCCUGUGUUUCUUCUUCCUCAGCCGCCUCGUCCUGACCCAAAAGCUGGUCAAUUUCUUGUAGAGUCUGCAUCGAGUUUUCCAACGCAAGCUGUCCACCUUCAAUCUGCUCUGCCACAUUUUCUAGGGUAGUGAUCUUGGCCGAAUCUGCAGCGAGAACCCAAGGUUGGACCUUGCCUGUCAGACCUGAGCGUUCAUCCGAAGCAAGGAACUCUCCCAGUCCAGACCUCCUCCGAGACGUUGGUGCCACCGAAUGAGAUGGAAGCAGUUGACUUUCUUCUUCCAAAUGACUGAGUGACCGACAGUUAUCCUUGAUUUCUUUCCCGAGUGUCGUAUUAACAUGUGCUUUUUGUGUUAUCAUGGCCCUCUGCUUUUUGGAAAGGGCGAGGAGAGUCUCGAUGUAUGGUGUCAGGAGAUAGGUACUUGAUGCAGGUUCUGGUUCCUCAAUUUGUUGCUUGGUGGAGGAGGGUGCCAGAACAGGGACAGCGGAUGACUCGAAUCGUUCACCAGCAGAAGCGAGGAGGGACCGCCUCGUUGCAAGAUAAUUGGCGUACUUUUCUUUGAUGAUGUUGAGAUGGUUGUUUAUCGUCGCUUGGUCCGCUGUUAAUUGGCUAUGGCUCUUGGAACCGUCCUCAUCCCCAUCCUCAUCCCCUGAUGCCUUGCUCAACUCUGUCUCAAUCCAAUUGAUAAGCUCAUUCCUUGUUGUGUUAAGAGCAUGUAGUCUGAUGCCAUUGCUGAUAACAUCUGGUAUGCUCUGAGCAUUUGCUCUCGUUUCUCGAAGUAACUGCUCCUCUCGUCGCAGAAGGAGUUUAGCCCUCAAGACCGUCUUUUCAAGCUGUGCCACUUGUUCUGUUAAGUCCAUCUUCUUCACGCUCUGUUGUGCGACAAGACUGUUCACCACCUCUUUUGGGACACUCGGUAGACUGGUAGCAUCAUGAAAAACAUCUUCAGGGUCUAGAUAUUCAGGAGCAGCGGCUGGCUUUUGCAUGAGUGAGUCCAGGUGAUUUUGGACGGCUGUAAGUCGCGCUUGUUUCGCCUGGAGCUUUAGAAGUGAGACCUGCUCUUCUAGUAGCUCAUUGCUGGAUGAGAGCUCUUUGGCUGAUGACGAGGAGGGAAGAUUAGAUUGGGCAACAUCUUCGUAAUUUCGACGCGCAUCAACAUUUGCCUUUAGAGCCUCAAUGUACUCCCUGUAGAUUCCCUUCGAACUUGAAUCCAGAGUUACGUCGCGUGUUGGAUCUGCCAAAGACACAGGCUGUUUGACUGGGCCAUCAUGAGAACAUGUUCCGAGAUGAAGAGCCAAAACUCGCCGAAUGUAGUUCACUUGUUCCCGUGGCUUGAUAUAUGGAUCAAGUGUCUUCUGAAAUGUCUCAGCGGUCUCAGAAGGAUUUGCCAUUGUGAAUCAUGGUUUGUCGGUGAAGAAAUCCCUGGCCUAGGUUGUUGCUCUGGUCUCGGUGAAAGUAAAUAGACGAAAUAUGUUAGUCCAUGGGCAGCUUAGACAGUACUGAAGUGUGGCUAGUGUCCCCCUGAACCAGCACCCCAGUGACUACGCAAUGAAUUAAUAAUCUUGUAUUACUUCUUUACAUUACAAUCUGAGUCUAUACCCCGAACUCAUUCUCU